UGUGAGGAUAAAGUAGGCAAUUAUGUUUAAGGACUCGCUGCGGAGGACAAUGAGUUUAUAACGAAUGGGAAAAAGAUUGAUGAAGGGUUGGGGUCCGAAUAGAUGCAACGCCCACAACACAUUUUCUCAACUUUUCCAUCACAGGAUAUUUUCUUUCUGUCUGUUUCUGGACGAAAUUUGCAAGAGCAAGUUAAGACACAAAACUUUUGAGGUAAAAAGUUGAAAAAUGCCAGAGGAGGAAGAACGAGAGAAACUAGCCAAAGUCAUCAGACAGUGGAAUAACAACAGACUGGACCUGUUUGAAAUCAGCCAACCUGAUGAGAACCUGGAGUUUCACGGCGUGAUGCGCUUCUACUUCGAGGAUCACGUUGUCGGCAAUGUCGCCACAAAGUGUCUGCGUAUUUGCAGCAACUCGCCAACUCAUGAGGUCAUUGAAACUCUCUCAGAGAAAUUCAGGCCGGAUAUGAAAAUGCUGACGACUAGUUAUUCUCUGUAUGAGAUCCACACCAAUAAAGAGCGCAAACUGGAUCCGGAUGAGAAACCUUUGGUGGUACAAUUAAACUGGAACUUGGACAACAAAGAAGGACGCUUUGUGCUCAAGAAAGACAGUUCAGAGGAAAGCUGUCAGGAGAAAGAGAAAGGAGGCAUGAUCCAAAACUUUAAGAGGACACUGUCAAGAAAAGGAAAGAAGAAAGAGAAAACUAACGCAGCUGACAAGGUUUCAGAAGAUGAAAACGGGUCAACUGAAAAUCUACUGAACAACAACAGCAUUUGUUUGUGUAGCCUUGAGACACAAAAUAAAAGGCAGCAGAAGCAGCCUGCCGUGGAUCAACCUGGAUUACCAGUUGGAGUUAAAUUCUGUGAUCACUCUGAGGAGCCCUUCCUGUCUGCAGUCAUAAAUUACACCAACAGCUCCACAGUUUAUUUCAAGCUCUCACCUGCUUACAUCCUCUACGUCGCCGGCCGGUUUGCUCUGCAACGCCAUCGCGGCCGAAGCUCUCCGCCCUCAGGACGCACAUACGGUGUAACCUCCAUCACCAACAAAAUGGUGGCCAUGACAGGGAAGGUCAUCCAGAGGCAGCAGACCAUCGCCGGGGCUCUCGCCUUCUGGAUGGCCAACUCCUCUGAGCUGCUAAACUUCCUCAAGCACGACAAAGACCUCGGUCCACUGACACAGCAGAGCCAGCUGGACCUGUCGCACCUGGUGCACAAAGCUUACAGUUGCCUGCUGCAGUGUCUACAGAAUGAAUUAAAGAAACAUUUACCAACUUUUCUGAUCGAUCCUGAGCAACAUGGUCCACUGCCAGCUGGUAUAGAGAUGGUGCUGAACACCCUGAUGAACGCCAUGUCUCUGCUGCGCUGCUGUCGGGUCAACCCAGCCCUCACCAUCCAGCUCUUCUCCCAACUCUUCCAUUUCAUCAGCGCCAGGCUUUUCAACCAGCUCAUGAGCCCAGAGUCCAGCACUCCAGGCCUGCGCUCCCACUACUGGGGCGCUGCUCUCCGCCAGAGGCUCACCGGCAUCGAAGCCUGGGCUGAGCGGCAGGGCCUGGAGCUGGCUGCUGACUGCCACCUGGGACACAUCAUCCAGGCAACCACGCUCCUGACCAUGAAUAAGUAUUCGACGCAGGACGCGAAGGACAUCCAGAGUACCUGUUUCAAGUUGAACUCACUGCAGCUGCAGAUGUUGCUCGUCGGUUACCUCUAUGCAACCAAUGAACCUCACAUCCCCCCUGAUUUGAUCGAUGCCGUCGUGGCUGCUGCCGAGGCCUCGGCUGAUAACCUGAUUCGGAGCGAAGGACGGGACAUCCAGCUGGAGGAGAGCCUCGACCUCCACCUGCCCUUCCUGCUGCCGGAGGGAGGAUACUCCUGUGACACCGUCAGAGGAAUCCCUCAAGGAUUUACAGAGUUUAUGGAGCCGAUUUGCCAGAAAGGUCUCUGCUCUUUGAUGUCUCAGCUGAACUCUAAAGGAGACUGGACCGUACAUUUCAGUGAAUCUGCAGCUUCUGAAGAGAGAACACACCUGGCAGCACACAGGCAGCCAGAGGUUGUGACCAUCACACUGAACAAACCUCUGAACAGUGGGAUGGGGGUCAGCAUCGUGGCUGCAAAGGGAGCAGGGCAGGGUAACAUUGGCAUCUAUAUUAAAUCCAUCGUAAAGGGCGGACCAGCUGAAAUGAACGGCCGGUUAACAGCCGGAGAUCAGCUGCUCAGUGUGGACGGUCAAAGCCUGGUCGGACUCAGCCAAGAAAGGGCAGCAGCGAUCAUGAUGCAAACCGGCCCCGUUGUGACCUUGCAGGUUGCAAAGUUCGGAGCGAGUUAUCAUGGCCUGGGGGCUCUGCUGAGUGAACCAACUCCAGAGAGAACUACUGGCGAUCGAGGCCUCGCUAAGCCAAACGGUAAAGCGUUCAUGCUGUACAGCGUCAUGGAUCCUGGACCUUCAGAGCAUCUCCACAGAGGCAGCAGACGACAGAAAGAGCAGAUAAUGCAGAGAAACAGGCAACUUUAUCGCUCCAACCCCAACAUGACCACAGACAUUUGCCUGGAGGAUGAAGAUGAACCUGGUGAACCUGCUGUCAGAGGAAACCACAACUUCGCUUCGGUUUCCAGCAUCAACCUCUGCACUGAUACAUUUCACAGGGAAUACUUGACGCUUCCGACCCCUAAAUCCCAGGACAAGGGCAUAUCUGAAUCCAGUCGACCGCAGCAAACAUUCAAAGCAUCUUUGAGACCUUUAGAUGGACAGAGAUCCAAUCAGAGGACCUUCAUGCGCCAGGCCCAGUCACAGGAGAACUUGUGUAUGGACAGUGGAGGCCCCCUGCUGGACAAAAGGCAGAAGGACCAGGCAGCAAAGCAAACCACGAGCCACUACUCAUCUUUCCCGAUUCGCUCGAGCGUUUCCACCCACGACAUCCUCUCUGAGAGCACAAAACCACAGCAGGGAAGUCGCACGAGCAACGCCGGUGUCUGGAGAACGCCGUUUUCACAGCAUUCAGCACCAACUCCUUCAGUCCAACCAAUACGCAUCGACAUCCCCAUAACCAGAGCAGUGAGCACCCAGUCAAACCCUCCACUCACCACCUUCCAAGUGAAGAUGAACCAAACUCUCAAAGUCAACAAGCAGAGUCCUCAAGCCGGUCAGAUAUACGCAUGUUCAGUUUCUGCAAUUAAGAAGCUACCUCAGUCCUCACAGCAGCAAAGAAACCAAGCAACCAAACCCCAAGUGAGCAUCACUCCAACCAAACACGUCUCCUUCCAAGAGCCUCCCCAUCAGCAGAAGAAGAGCUCAGGCCCUGUGAAGCAGAAAGACCCCCAGGAGAUGUCGGGCCCCUGGAGGAGGGAGGCCCAGGAGAAGCUGGAGAAGCAGCAGAGGCUUCAGGUGGUGGAGCUGCUGCAGCAGGAGGUACAGGAGCUCCAGGCCAAAGCCAAGCGCUCGGCGGAGGAGAACGACCGACUGCGGAAGCUGAACCUGGAGUGGCAGUUUCAGAAGAGGCUGCAGGAGGUUCAGCAGAGGGGAGAGGACGAAGAUGAGGAGGAGGAUGAAGAUUUGGAUAUGAUGGUGACGCUACAGCAGCUGGAGAAAAGAGUGCAGAAUAAGAAAAGGGAGAGUAAUGAGCUGGAGAAGCAAGCAGGAACUCACCUCUCCCAGAAGGAAGAUAGAGCAAAGACUGAUCAGAAACCAAGCGAACCAAGUCGACGUGUUCACAACGUGGAAUCAAGAGAUAAUCAGGAGGAGAAAAUGAGGAGAGUGUCGGCUCCUGAGAAGCUCACCUUCAAGGAACGUCAGCAUCUCUUUUCUCUGGCGUCCAGUGCAUAAAAGCAGCUUAAAGCCUUUUAAUCAAAUCAGAAAAACGUCUAAAUAAAGCAAUGUAAUAAUCUGCGAGCAGAGCGACGGUGUACAGCAACAUGUUAAAAAGUAGAACGCAUUUGCACUAGAAAUGUUGGAGUAAUUUCUACAUUUAAGCUGAGUACUAUUGUCUGUAUCAAUCACUCUUUGGAUUUAUCAACUGUUUACACAUUAUUUUUCAUGUUUUCCAUAUAAUAAAGCCUUAAUUUAGGAGUA